AUGGGUAAAAGAGCUUCAGUUCCAAUCAACUAUUGCACAACAUUUUUUGUCGUUAUUUCGUUCAUUUUACUGUUUUGCUUUGGUGUAGUUUUAACAAAUGCAGUUAUUCUUCACAAGUAUCAAAUCUUCAAGACAUUAUUGCAGUUCUUGUCAACAUUCACAUCAAUUCUUUUCUAUUCCUCAAGAACAGUAUACAAGAUGGCAUCAUUAGUUGCAGAUUCACUUGGAUUGAGCUACAAUACAUCAGAAGUUUUAACAUUACUUGGUGCAGAAAAUGAAGCAAGUACAAUAUUAUCUGCAUCAGAAAUCAUUUCAUCUGAUAUCAAAGAAUUAAAUACAAAUAUUGAUUCGUUCUUGUCUCUCAAAACAGUUGCAAAAGAUUACAUCGGUAAUGUAACACUCUUAUUAACAAAUAUUCAAAUCAAACAGAACUUAUUGUAUAAGAACAAAUCAGGUAUUAUCAACAACAACAAAUUUUACUUCCAAUUAAAUGCAGCCAUGAAUGUCCAGACAUCUUAUAUUUCUAGUUACUCAUCUGAAUUCCAAGAAAACGCUUCAGAAUUCAGACAAACUAAAUGGUUCAUGUUCAUGUUAGAAAACAACUACAGAGUUAAUGAUGCCUUAGAUAUUUUGGCUGAAUAUGUUGCUAAUGAUAUGCUGGACUUUGCUGAAAACAAUAACAAAUUCGCUCUGAUCAUGUGCAUUGUUUUUGCUUGUAUAUCAGUGCUAGUUUUCCCAAUAACUUUGAUUAUGUUGAAGAUACAAGAAAAGAAAUACAUUUAUGUAAUUGAUUCAAUGCACAAGAUUCCAUCUCUUGUUAUUAUUCAACAUAUCUCUGAAUUAACAAAUAACAGUCUUGAAGAUAAAAACAAUAGAGCAGAAAUUGCUCUACAGAUUCAGAAUUCACAUGGAAUUCCAACAGUUUUGGUUUCUGUUUUAUCUGCUUUUUGCAUCAUAAUUUUCAUUGUUUUAUGCAUUGCAAACUAUUAUAUUUUGACAAAUUCAGCCGAAUCAUUCCGUGUAUUGCCAUUCCAAAUGAUGAAUGGUGCUCUCUUAGCCAAUCACAUUUAUGAUGAAAUGGCCACAAUGAAGAGAAUCUUUGCAGUAAAUCAAGAAAUCCCAUUCAAUGCUGAUAACUCAUAUAUGGCAACAGGAAUCUGGCCACAAACACAAGCAUCUAUUGAAACCGCUAUUGAUCAAAUGUUCUUUGGUGUUUCAGAAGAAACAAACAUCUCUUAUGGAUAUCUUUUGACUAAAUCCAAUUCCAGAGAUUUAUUCUUCCAAGGUGAGAAUGUUACAGGAACUUCACUCCAUGAUUUCAUGAUCAAAUUCGGAUAUGUUUUCUCUAUCGAAGUUGAUUCUUCUGAAAUUAAAUAUUUCAAUCCAUAUACAUCAGAUAACAGUGUCUUCAACAGAAAUAAUAUGAGACUGAACAACAUGUUACAUUACAACGAUAUUCACUUGUCAACUGGUGUUUUAGAUAAGAUCUUGAAUUACACAUUCUCAGAUAUGAAUGAUGUUAUUUACAACCAAGAAGUUAUGGCUAUUGUCACUCCUGUUGUCGGUUUCAUUGUAUUGGCUAUUUUUAUUGGAAUCUUCAUUUACUAUCAGUCAACAAUCUUGAGAACAUUUAGAUUCACAAUUAUGUCUCUUUCAAUGUUGGAUCAAAAGUUCAUUCAGACAAAUGAAAAACUAUUAGAUAUUGUUGCUGGCGAUUUCAACUCAGAUAAGCAGAGUGAAAGUAUUCCAAGCCACUACAUUGACUGUCUUAAAGAGAACACAUGUGAUCCAGUUAUUUUAACAACAAAGACAUUUGAAAUUUUACAGAUGAACAAUGCAGCAAAGAAAUUUUCGAAAUCAUCAUCACAGGCAAAGAACAUCGAAGAUAUCUUCGGAACAAUUCCAGAAGAAUUCAGAAAAGUCGUUGAAUCAAACAUUCCUUCAACAGCUAAGAUCGAGAGGACAAUGAAAGAUGAUGAAAACAAAGAAUAUAAAGCUCAAAUUUCUAUCACAUAG